AUGGAUUACUCCGAAUUGGUGUCCGACGUACUGGAAAAGAUAGUGACGGAGCACGUGCACACCUUUUCUCAGUUGGUCGCCUUCUCCGGAGUGUGCAAAUCAUGGAGAACCGCCGCUCUCCCACUCCGCCACCGCCGGCCCUUAUCCAUGCAGCUUCCGGGCCUCCUCAUCUCGCAAGCCGCGGCCGUGCCGUCGAAAUCCCCCGCGGCCUCCCGCUACUGCGGGCCACCACAUGACUUCGUUCCCCUCACCACUAUACAGCAGCCAACUUCACCGCCCUCGCCAAGCCGUCAGCCAGCUGAAGAAACAAGAAGCAGUACUAAGAGAAGGAGAAGGCUCCCGCACGUGACGCUCCCUCACUUCCCAUCCCGAUCCAAGGUGUCCCACAUCAUUCGUGAGUCGGUGCGCCUCCACUGGGGCGACGACAUCUACCUCGACGACGACCCUUACCUGGGCUCCACCAUUCAAGCAAAACACUACGUGGCUUCCAAUGACGGGUGGAUCCUCAUCAUGCAGCACCAGCACGUCCUAUCACCGAUCAGCUUCUACCUCUUGAACCCAAUCACCAAAUCCUCCAUCCCUCUCCCUCCUCUCCCUUUCCCCGCCAACCCUACCCACAUCCUUAAAGGAGCCAUCUCUUCUUCUCCCGACCAAGACGACGACGAGGAGGAGGACUGCCACGUCUUCCUUCUCUUCCGCUCCAGGCCCCAGCUGGCGUGGUGCAACGUAUAG